GUGGUAGCGUAUGUGAAUUAUUUGCGGGUAGGCAGCAUCGCCAGGCUGCUGCUUCAUAUCGCUUUGGACUGGCCUUUGCAGUACAUGUCGGUCAUUUAUUUUCACGGCCGUCAUGGGAAAACGCCAUGAAAUGGCGGUUAGAACAAUACUAGAAGAAAACGAAGAUUCUGUUAUAGAGAUUGACAGUUCAAAGGGGCUUGAACCUCCAUUUGCCGAGGAAGAGAAAAUCUUGAGAGAAGAAGACCUCGUGCUUCCCGGUACAUACCACCACAAAAGGAAUGUCAUAAGCAUCAACAAUGAUGUCGCUUCCUCAGUCAAGGGCUACAUGGUAUGCGAUCUUGAUGUUACGCGCUUGAACAAAAUCCACAAGCAUCUCUGGUUAGCCGGACUGCCAUCAGCUUCUCGAGCAUUACACAACCAAGUCAGAGUCGGGCGUGAAAUCAUCAUCACUGAGAGCGCGGAUCUUCACAUCGUUUGGCGCGACAACGUCGUGACCUUGAAACCACUGCCUGACUACUUGCUCAGCUAUGCGACCUGGAUCAACACACUGUGCAAGGAUGAGGACCUCUAUCGGAGUGCGAGAGGGUUCCUCUAUUCUUACACUUGGCUCAUAAGCAGCAAAAGCGAUCUGCGGAUUGCACAUGCAAAAGGUCUAAUAUCGGAAGACAUCAAGUGGGAACAUUGGGCUCCAUUUUCUGCAGCUGUGGUUUCGCGCAUCCAAGGAGAUCCGAGCAGCAUCAACCAGAGAUACAUUUACGGCGAACUACGUCUCAAACGGCUGAAUCUCAUCUACAGGUUUAGCAACGCAUCAAACUUCAAGACAAUGAUCCGAGGAUACGAGUACGGCUAUCAUCAGUACUCGACUUACUUUGAGAGAAACUUUAAAUGGGUGCUGACGGCCAUCAUCUACAUCACCGUGGUGUUGACGGCAAUGCAAGUGGGACUGGCCACGACACAAUUGAACACAAGCGCAAUGUUCAACCGCGUUUCAUAUGGAUUCACGCUGUUUUCCAUUCUGGCUCCGUUGAUUACGCUGGUCAUUGGAGCAAUUAUCAUGUUGAUAUUGGCGGUGUUUAACGUUCGGCACGCGCUGGGAGAAAAGGCCAGGUCACACCAGUAGCUGGGUCUUUGAGCAUGAUUGUCAUGAUGCAUACAAACAUUAACAAGGAAAGGAGUUAGAGCAUUUAAGCAAAGCGAAUUAUAUAUUUUGGAUGCGUUGGAAGCAUUUAUUUAGCAAGCGUUUAUUCUAUGGGAAUUAUUAAAAAAGUCCUCUGAAGGCUACUCUAAG